GUAAAAAAAAUAAAAAGCAUGUGGAGAGCGUGUACAUCGCCGCAAUGGCAUUUAAGGCCUUGUUGCUAUCACAAAACAAAACAUUUUCUGUUCAAAAGAUUUCAGGGCGUUGUUGUGCUGCAAAUUGCCAGGCUGAGUAAUAACAACCCAUGGACAGACUCGAAUUCAGCGGGUAAAGUUGUGGUCAACUUGGAUGAAAAUACAGAACCAAUCAGAAUAUCCUGUGGUCAGUUCGCAAGAAUGGCAAGUGGUAGUGCUGUAGCAGAGAUUGGUGACACUGCAGUGAUGGCCACUGCAGUAAGCAAGUCUUCUCCACCCACUGCAGGUCAGGGAUUUAUGCCAUUAUCUGUUGACUAUAGACAAAAAGCUGCUGCUGCUGGAAGAAUACCCACAAACUACUUACGCAGGGAGCUAGGGCCAACAGAAAAAGAAACCUUAGCAAGCAGAAUGAUAGAUAGGUCCUUGAGACCCCUUUUCCCCAGAUCUUUUAAAACUGAAACUCAGAUUAUGUGCAAUUUAAUGUCUGUGGAUGGUCAACAUGAUCCAGAGAUUGCUAGUCUAAAUGCUGCGUCUGCAGCCUUGUUGUUGUCUGACAUUCCAUGGAAUGGUCCUAUGGGUGCUGUACGUAUUGGAUAUACAAACAAAGGCUUUGUUGUAAACCCAACUAGAAAACAACUGAUGAGCAGCAGAUUGAAUCUGAUUGUAGCAGCUGUUGAAAAUAAAGUUGUGAUGCUAGAUGGCUCAGCAGAUGUUCUUCCAUAUGGACUUUUCAAAAAUGCUGUACACCUAGGAGUGGAAAAGGUCAGACCAAUCCUAGCGGAGCUUAGGACAUUGCAGAAAAAUUUUGGAAAAAAGAAAAAGCCAAUUGUUAUUCCAUCUGAAGAUAUCAUCCCUCAGGAGAUGCGUGAUACCCUAAAAGUUAUAGCAGAACAAAAAUUACAUGGAAUUUUUACUGACAGCAGUCACAAUAAGUUUUCAAGAGAUAAGGCGGUCAAUGAUGUCAGAUAUCAAACUGUCAGAGCUAUGCAAGAUAUUUAUAAAGAAGCUUCACCAGUAACUCUUCAUGAAACUUUUAACCAAGUUUGUAAGGACAUAUUCAGAAAUAUAGUUCUUGAACAGAACAUAAGGUGUGAUGGCCGGCAGUUGAGUGACAUGCGUCCUGUUAGCUGUCAGGUAGACCUGUUCAAACCUUUGCAUGGUUCAGCAUUAUUUCAGAGAGGACAGACACAAGUGCUAUGUACAGUGACAUUUGAUUCCCUGGAAUCAGCAGCCAAAGUGGAUCCAAUUUCUGUGUUAACAGGGGGGCUGGCUGAGAAGAAUUUCAUGCUGCAUUAUGAGUUUCCUCCAUAUGCAACCAAUGAAACUGGCAAACAAGGUGUAGCUAACAGAAGAGAGCUUGGUCAUGGUGCCCUGGCAGAAAAAGCAUUGAGAACUGUACUACCAGAAGACUAUCCCUUCACAAUAAGACUUACUUCAGAAGUCCUUGAAUCAAAUGGAUCUUCAUCUAUGGCCACUGUCUGUGGGGGUAGUCUGGCUUUAAUGGAUGCAGGAGUACCUAUAUCUGAACCUGCUGCAGGGGUAGCUAUUGGUGUAUUCACAAACUAUAAAGGUGAUGAUGCAUCCAGUGAUCUUAAUGAAGACAGCAAGGAACAAACAGGACAAGAUGAGAAGCACUGUUUACUUACAGACUUAGUAGGCAUAGAAGAUUAUAUGGGUGAUAUGGACUUUAAGAUGGCAGGCACAAAGUUUGGUGUCACAGCUAUACAGGCAGAUGUCAAAACACCUGGUCUUCCUACAGAUGUGAUGAUUGAAGCAACGGAUGAAGCACAGGUUGCAAUUAAAAAACUUUUGGACAUCAUGGCUGAGACCCUCCCAACAUACAGGUCACAGAAAAAGGAAAAUGCUCCUGUUACUGAAAAAUUGGAGAUACCCUUGUCCAAAAGAGCAAAAUUUGUAGGUCCUGGGGGAUACAAUAUAAAAAAAUUAAGGUCUGAAACAGGUAUAACAGUUUCAAGUGUUGAUGAGACAACUUUUCAAUUAUUUGCCCCUAAUAAAGAUGCCAUGGAAGAGACCAAAGAAAUGAUAGACAAACAGCUGAAAAGUUCUAAAGAACCAGAUCUAGAGUUUUCUGCUGUUUAUACUGCCAAAAUUGUGGAAGUAAGGAAUAAUGGUGUGUUGGUACAAAUACACCCAAUGCUGGAACCAGCCUUACUACAUAACUCUCAGCUUACAAAACGGAAGAUACAACAUCCAAGUGUCUUAGGUUUAGAAGUAGGACAAGAAAUAAGUGUGAAGUACUUUGGAAGAGAUCCAGUGUCAGGAAAAAUGAGAUUGUCAAGGAAAGUUAUAUACUCCACACCCAGUAGUGUGCCCAGAGACAUAAGUGGAAGUUCUAAAGAACAAGCAAGUUCUGAAGAACAACCAAACUUUGCAAAUGGAUUAGAUACAGAUAAUGUUGAAGAUCAAAUAAGUGAUGAAAAAAUGGACAGCUGAUAAGAUGUCCAUCUCAUGCAUAUUUAGGAGUGAUUCCCCCAUGCUCAAAAAAGAAAAGAUACAGUGUAUGUGCUUGUAAAUAGCGAAGAGAGUAUAAGUACUUGUGGGUGUUUUUGAUCACCAUAUUUGAAACUGAUUGCAUGUUUUAGAACUAACGUGUGCAUACCUUUGACCCCUUUGUUCUGUGCACUGUCUGUGACCACUUCUAAAAAUUGCACUGAUGUAGUUUAAUUGCUUCCAGCCUAAAGAUUUCUAUUGCUAUCUGCAAAUGGCUCCAUAAAGACGACCUCCAAUUUUAAAUGUGCUUUCAACUAUUUGAUUUUAGUAUAAUUUGAUGUUUAAGGUUAAACUAUAGUGCGCAUAAAGAGACUAAUUGAAACAAACUUAGAAAUUGA